AGCCGACGCACUUUAAUUGGAAAAUCUUCUCCUUCGAUUGUUAGUAGAUGGGACACAUCUCCAGUUUGUGCCUGGAUCAGACGCCAUCAAGGCCGUCAAUUUUUCAAUCAUGCCAUCGAUGGUGUUAGAUUCACGCACAAACUCGUGAUCUGUCUCCUCUUGGAAACACCCGAUCCUUUCCUUCUUUGCCCCUUGGCCGCCAAUUUUCGUCGAACUUUCCCUCUCUUAAAUGACCUUUUUAUAAUUUGAUUCAGAAAAGCAGGGAGGGAGAUGGAGAGAGAUCUGAUGGCGUCGGGCGCAGGAGAGUGGUCGACAGCGCAGAUGGAUGACUACGAGACGUUGAUUUCGACGACCGAUGUGGAGCUCUUGAAGAGAGCGUGGCGCAACGAGAAAGCGGCUCCUGAGAUCCUUCCUUUCGAGGAGGCUUUAGUUAAGAGAGCUAAAGAGCAGAUCCAGUUGAUGGAAGAAACGGUAGAUGAGUUUGCAGAAACUGGUCAUGAUCCUCUCAUUGCAUCACUCUAUCAGAUGGACCUGGACAGGGCUCAGUUUUUGCUGAGAUCAUAUCUCCGGGUUCGGCUUCAGAAGAUUGAAAAACUCAUGUUUUAUAUAUGGAAAAGUGAUACUUAUCACCACCGGCUUUCUACAGAAGAGGAAAAGUUUGCUGAAAGGUGUAUUCGUGAUAUUGGGAAACAUCUUGAAGAAACUGUUCUGUCAAAAUUGCCUGAUAAUUAUCAGUCUUUAUUAAAGCAAUCCAUCAUCAGUGAAGAGGAUGAUAUGGUUCCAGAGCCACAAUUAGAUACAUUUGUUGUUGCCAAAUGCCAGAGAGCUACAAGACCUUUGUUCCUUGAUGGCAGCAGGCAAUCUGCUGGCUUUGACAACAGAGAUGAUCACUUCCAAAUGGUGCCCGGAGAUUUAUGCAUUUUGCGUUACAGGCCAUUUCAAGAGGAACUGAUGAGUGGAAAUAUCAGUUUAGUAUGAGGGUCCAUGAGUAGCAUCUGUUGUAAGUCGGUACAAAAACCAAGCUUCUUCCGCACCCCGAAAAACAUUCCUUUGCUAGUUUUGCCUGCUGUUCUUGCGAGCAUCUAGUAAACAUAGUCGGUUGAAACUUGUAACACGUAUGAUGAUCAAAACGCUUCAAAAUUUAUGUUAAGGAUUUUUGCUUUCUUGUCUCCGUGCAUACAGAUGUCGUGUGGCUCGAACAGUAUUAUGUAAUGUUUAUGGAAAGCUCAUAGUCCUUUGUCCUUC